CUCCUCUCUGCAGCCGUCAUGGGAUUCUGCGCCACCGGUCCUUCCUUCUUCGCCAUCUCCUUCCUCCUUGUCAUCCUUGUGGCGUCCGCCAUCUUCCACUGCUACCAGCGCCUGGCUCUGGUGCCCGCUCCCUGGGCCUCCCCGGGCCGCGUGGUUCUGCUCCCCAGGCACCUACCCCAGGGGGGCAUGUUCACCAUCAACUCCAAAGGCCGCCUGGGGAACCAGAUGGGCGAGUACGCCACCCUCUACGCCCUGGCCAAGAUGAACGGCCGGCCGGCCUUCAUCCCGGCGCAGAUGCACAGCGCGCUCGCCCCCAUCUUCAGAAUCACCCUCCCGGUCCUGCACGACACCACGGCCAGGAGGAUCCCCUGGCGGAACUACCCCCUGAACGACUGGAUGGAGGAGCAGUACGGCCACAUCCCCGGGGAGUACGUGCGCCUCACCGGCUACCCCUGCUCCUGGACCUUCUACCACCACCUGCGCCCCGAGAUCCUCCGGGAGUUCACCCUGCACGACCACGUGCGCGAGGAGGCGCAGAGGUUCCUGCGGGGUCUGCAGGUGAACGGGGCCCCGCCGAGCACCUUCGUGGGCGUCCACGUGCGCCGGGGGGACUACGUCCACGUCAUGCCGCGGGUGUGGAAGGGCGUGGUGGCCGACCGGGGCUACCUGCAACAGGCCCUGGCCUGGUUCCGGGCCCGCCACCGCUCCCCGAUCUUCGUGGUCACCAGCGACGACAUGACCUGGUGCCGGCAGAACAUCAACAGCUCCCUCAGGGACGUGGUGUUUGCAGGCAACGGUUUACAGGGCUCCCCUGCCAAGGACUUCGCGCUGCUCACACAGUGUAACCACACCGUCAUGACCGUGGGCACCUUCGGGGUCUGGGCUGCCUACCUUGCUGGAGGGGACACCGUCUACCUGGCCAACUUCACCCUGCCCGAUUCCCACUUCCGCAUGAUCUUCAAGCCACAGGCGGCUUUCCUGCCCGAGUGGGUGGGCAUCGCUGCCGACCUUGGGCAGACCAGAAAGAGCAGCCCCUAG